AUGGACUAUAUAUUGUCAUCACCAUCAUCAUCAUCAUCAUCAUCAUCAUCAUCAUCAUCAUCAUCAUCAUCAUCAUCAUCAUCAUCAUCAUCAUCAUCCAAAUCAUCAUCAUCAUCAUCAUCAUCAUCAUCAUCAUCAUCAUCAUCAUCAUCAUCAUCAUCAUCAUCAUCAUCAUCAUCAUCAUCAUCAUCAUCAUCAUCAUCAUCAUCAUCAUCAUCAUCAUCAUCAUCAUCAUCAUCAUCAUCAUCAUCAUCAUCAUCAUCAUCAUCAUCAUCAUCAUCAUCAUCAUCAUCAUCAUCAUCAUCAGCAUCAUCAUCAUCAUCAUCAUCAUCAUCAUCAUCAUCAUCAUCAUCAUCAUCAUCAUCAUCAUCAUCAUCAUCUCAUCAUCAUCAUCAUCAUCAUCAUCAUCAUCAUCAUCAUCAUCAUCAUCAUCAUCAUCAUCAUCAUCAUCAUCAUCAUCAUCAUCAUCAUCAUCAUCAUCAUCAUCAUCAUCAUCAUCAAUCAUCAUCAUCAUCAUCAUCAUCAUCAUCAUCAUCAUCAUCAUCAUCAUCAUCAUCAUCAUCAUCAUCAUCACAUCAUCAUCAUCAUCAUCAUCAUCAUCAUCAUCAUCAUCAUCAUCAUCAUCAUCAUCAUCAUCAUCAUCAUCAUCAUCAUCAUCAUCAUCAUCAUCAUCAUCAUCAUCAUCACAUCAUCAUCAUCAUCAUCAUCAUCAUCAUCACACAUCAUCAUCAUCAUCAUCAUCAUCAUCAUCAUCCUCAUCAUCAUCAUCAUCAUCAUCAUCAUCAUCAUCAUCAUCAUCAUCAUCAUCAUCAUCAUCAUCAUCAUCAUCAUCAUCAACAUCAACAUAAUCAUGAACAACAUCAACAUCAUCAACAUGAACAACAUCAUCAUUAA